AUGGAUACUAUAAGCGACGAGGCAAACAUGGAUCCGUUCUCAAUAGGACCCACGACUAUAAUCGGAAGAACAAUCGCCUUCCGGAUCUUGUGCUGCAAAUCAGUGUCUAAAUUGAGGAACAAACUCUUCAGAUUCCUCGUGCAUUUCCUCAGAAGAGCCAAGGCUUUUCUAUCACCGUUUGUGUCUUGGUUACAUCCCAGGCAUCCACAAGGGAUAUUAGUUAUGGUGACGAUGAUGGCCUUUACGCUGAAUCGCUACACAAGCUUAAAGGCAAAAGCAGAGAUGGCUUACAGGAGAAAAUUCUGGAGGAACAUGAUGAGAGCUGCGUUAACUUACGAGGAAUGGUCUCACGCAGCGAAGAUGCUCGAUAAAGAAACUCUAAAAGUGCACGAGACCGAUCUUUUCGAUGUGGAGCUCGUGAGGAAUAAGCUUGAGGAGCUUAAGCAUAGACGUCACGAGGGAUCUCUAAGAGACAUUAUCUUCUUUAUGAGAGCUGAUCUUGUGAGAAACCUUGGUAACAUGUGUAACCCUGAGCUUCACAAGGGAAGGCUUCAAGUGCCGAGGCUCAUCAAAGAGUAUAUCGAUGAGGUUUCUACACAGCUUAGGAUGGUUUGUGAUACGGACACCGAAGAGCUUUCUCUGGAAGAGAAACUCUCUUUCAUGCACGAGACGAGGCACGCGUUUGGGAGAACGGCUCUGCUUCUGAGCGGAGGAGCUUCUCUUGGCGCUUUCCACCUCGGUGUGGUGAAAACGCUCGUGGAACAUAAGCUCUUGCCGAGGAUUAUAGCAGGUUCGAGCGUCGGGUCGGUCAUGUGUGCGGUUGUGGGGACAAGGUCAUGGCCUGAGUUGCAGAGCUUCUUCGAAGGCUCGUGGCACGCUCUGCAGUUCUUUGACCAAAUGGGAGGGAUUUUCACUACUGUGAAACGUGUUAUGACGCAAGGUGCAGUCCAUGAGAUCCAGCAUCUGCAAUGGAAGCUGAGGAAUCUCACCAACAAUCUCACAUUCCAAGAAGCUUUCGACAUUACAGGACGGAUUCUCGGGAUAACGGUUUGUUCCCCGAGGAAGCACGAGCCGCCAAGAUGUCUCAACUACCUGACUUCGCCUCACGUCGUGAUAUGGAGCGCAGUGACUGCAUCUUGCGCUUUCCCAGGUCUCUUCGAGGCUCAAGAACUCAUGGCCAAAGAUAGAACUGGAGAGAUUGUUACUUAUCACCCACCUUUUAACUUAGAUCCUGAAGAGAGCUCAGUGGCGUCGGUUCGGCGGUGGAGAGAUGGUAGCUUAGAGAUGGACUUGCCGAUGAUACAACUCAAAGAGCUGUUCAAUGUGAACCAUUUCAUUGUGAGUCAAGCUAACCCUCACAUUGCACCUUUAUUGAGGAUGAAGGAGUUUGUGAGAGCUAGUGGAGACCGAUCUGCAGCAAAGCUUGCGCAACUCUUGGAGAUGGAAGUGAAGCAUAGAUGUAACCAAACACUGGAGCUCGGGCUUCCUCUGAGAGAGGUCGCACAGCUUUUCGCUCAAGAAUGGGAAGGCGAUGUCACCAUCGUAAUGCCAGCUACUUUUUCUCAGUACUUGAAGAUCAUACAGAAUCCAUCGAAUGUAGAGAUUCAAAAGGCGGCGAAUCAAGGAAGGAGAUGCACCUGGGAGAAGCUGGCAGUGAUCAAAGCAAACUUCGGGAUCGAACUCGCACUAGACGAGUGCGUCGCCGUCCUCAACCACAUGCGCCGCCUUAAACGCACCGCGCAAAGAGCCGCUGCUGCCUCCGCCUCGACUCCCUCACCUCCUCAGCCUUCUUUGGCCGGAACCACCAGAUUCAACGCCUCCAGAAGAAUCCCUUCCUGGAACUGCAUCGCGCGUCAGAACUCAUCCGGAUCCGUCGAUGACGAUGUGCUCACGGAAGCUUCAGCGCUGUACCAGCAGAUCGUGGUUGAAACCGGGAAGAUUAACAGAGCCGGCAACAGUCUCAAUUCGCACGACGGAGGUAGCGACGGAGAUUCUGGAGAAGCCGAGGAUUGGACGAGAUCUGGUGGACCAUUGAUGAGGACGGAGUCAGCUCAGAUGUUCACGGACUACGUCCACAAUCUCGACGGCGCUGAUCCCGAAUUGACGAAGAUUAUAGGCUCCGAUAAAGCUACGGAGAGCGAUUCGAGCGCGCCUGCUUCCUCUUUCCGCAGCAUCACAGUCACGGAAGGCGAUUAUCUUCAGACGGGGAAAACAGACGACGGAUUCGUGUUGAACGUCGUCAGUGGAGAGAAUUUGGAGAGGAAUCAAGGUCUGGAGGAAAGACAAAACAGCGUUGGAGCUCCGGAAUGCUAUUAUCGACGGGGGUAG